AUGGACCUGAGGAUCGGCCAGCAGAGCUUCCGCAGGAAGAAAAUGACGAAGCAACUCACCGGGAAGCGAGAUGACAGCGCCCUGCAUUCCGCGGUGCGGGCGGGCAAUCUGGCCGUCACGAAGGAGAUCCUGGCGGAGGUCGGCGGAGACGAGACGAGGGAUCUGCUCCGCAAGCAGAACCAGUCGGGGGAGACGGCUCUAUACGUCGCGUCCGAGUACGGCUACGUGGAUGUCGUCCGCGAAAUGAUCAAGCAUUACGAUGCUUCCUCCGCCGGAAUCAAGGCCCGGAAUGGCUUCGACGCCCUGCAUAUUGCUGCCAAACAAGGGGAUGUAGGUGAGAAUUCCUUUAGGAAACCGUUUGUCGAUCAUUUGUCGAAAGGAAACCCCGACUCUUACUCCCUCAAGAUUUCCUAAGCUUUCAUACAUCGCAGAGUUGCAGAGAGGAUAGGCAAAAGAACGAACAGCCAAAUCAAUCAAUCCUCUACUCGAUCAGUUGAUAAUCAGUCAUCCAGUCGAAUCUUCUUGUUCGAACAGCGAUUUUCCCGAUGAUUAUAUCAUAUUUAUACGUAGUUCCACAUUCAUGAAACCCUAGUUUCGGAUCGCUCCUCCGGAAGAAUAAUUCCUGGGACUCCCUCUAUCUCAUGUUCUGAGGCAUUCCACGCCACGUCCAGACGUUCUGCAGGUGUUGCUGGAGGCGCUGCCGGAGCUCUCCAUGACCGUGGACUCGACGAACACGACGGCCCUGCACACGGCCGCCACACAAGGCCACGCCGAGGUCCUGAAGAUGCUGCUAGCAGUGAACGGAGACCUGGCAAAGAUAGCCCGCAGCAACGGGAAGACGGCCCUGCACUCGGCUGCAAGAAAUGGGCGACUCGAGGUGGUGAAGGCGCUCCUCAACAGAGAGCACGCCAUAACCGCCAGGAAGGAUAAGAAGGGCCAGACGGCGCUUCACAUGGCCGUCAAGGGGCAGAGCCUGGAGGUGUUGGAGGAGCUCCUCAGAUGCGAUCCCUCGCUGACCAACAUGGUAGAUUCCAAAGGGAACACGGCAUUGCACAUCGCUGCGAUGAAGGGCCGCGAUCAGGUGCUGUUCCUGUUGAUUCCCAUUCGUGCCCGCAUUUAAAUUCUCGAGUUUUCUUCUCGUCUAGCCUGAAUUUGUGCUGGAAUAAAAUAAAAUAAUCUUACACUGAACGAGGGAAAAAAAGAAGAGAAUCUAAACCUGAGAUAAAUGUGAUUAGAACAAGAACAUGGGACAUAAACAGCCAGAAAGGUCAGAGUUCAGUCUUGAUCUGUGAGGUAGCGACGAGCUUGCUGAGACAGAAAGGAAGAAAAUCCUCCAAAAUUUCCAAAAAUAGAAGUUUGAAUGAGAUCAGUUUCUGUCCAAGAAGGAGACGUCAAGCUUCUGAAGACCUUUUAAACUUGGGAUUAGGGCAUCCCAUGGUAGGGAAGCAUUCUCUACUUUUACUCCAGGUUCAAGUAGAUUCAGGGGGUCUGCAAGCGGUCUGCUUUUACUCUAUGUUUGUGUUCUUGAUGUGCUUUGAAGAGAUGAUAUGAGGAAAGCUGUUCCUGGGCUUUGAUGAUAUCAGGAAGAUAAGUGAAAAAAAUAUACUUGUUUUUAGAAGGAAUUCAGAGAUUGCAGCAGGGUUGAUUGAGCAGCUUUCAUCGCUUGGUGAUUUUUUUUCAUUGUGUUCAUAUAAAGUUCGAAAAUCCCUGCCACAAUGCGGUUCUGGGGGUCCUGCAAUCGAUCGCUCUGUAAAAUAUAUGCAGGCCAAUAAUUCUCCAAAUUAUGACCUUCAUGUGAAGAUGGAUGAAUCCGAGGAGGCGAAGAACAUUCUCCCAAAAUCUGCGCAGAGCCAGUCAAACCCCCCAACUCCCCCUGUGAUUAACUCCAGCUUCUUUCCUGCAGGUUGCGAAGAUUCUGCUAGAAUCGGAGGAGACGGACGCCGGAAUCCUCAACAGAGCCGGCGACACGGCCCUGGACAUCGCCGAGAAGGCUGGCCACUCGGAGCUCACAACGACCCUCCUCAACCACGGCGCCCAGAGGGCCAGAGAACUCGGCGGCGCCGCCGCCGCCGCCGGCGCCGGCACCCCCGCCGGAGAACUGAAGCAGACGGUCAACGACAUCCAGCACGAGGUCCACUCCCAACUGGAGCGCACCUUCCAGACCGGGGAGCGCCUCCAGGGGAUCGCCCGGCGGGUCAGCAAGCUCCACGCAGACGGCCUCAACAACGCCAUCAACUCCACCACGGUCGUCGCCGUCCUCAUCGCCACCAUCGCCUUCGCCGCCAUCUUCACCGUCCCCGGCAAGUACGCCGGCGGCGAGAACCCCGUCCCCGAAGGUGCCUCCCCGGGGGAGGCGAACGUGGCCCAGGAGACGACCUUCACCGUCUUCUUCAUCUCCGACGCCGUCUCCCUCUUCAUCUCCCUGGCGGUGGUGGUGGUGCAGACAUCGGUGGUGGUGGUGGAGCAGAGGGCCAAGAAGAGGCUGAUGGCGGUGAUCAACAAGCUCAUGUGGCUCGCCUGCGUGCUGAUAUCCGUCUCCUUCCUGGCCGUCUCCUUCUUGGUGGUGGGCCGCCAGGGGAUAUGGCUCGCCAUCGCCGUCGCUUCCACAGCGGCGGCGAUCAUGGCGACGACGCUCGGCACGCUGUGCUGCUGGGUGGUCGCUCACCGGGCGGAGGAGAGGAAGCUGAGUCGCCGCCGCCGCCGCGGCCGCCGCUCCUCCCUCAGCAGGUCGCGCUCUCCCUCCGUCUCCGCCGUCAUCUCAGAUCCCGACCAGCCAAGCGGCGAAUUCAAGCUGUACCCCAUAUAA